AUGGCAUCAAACAAUGAAGAAAAUAAUAUUGAAAGUGAAGAAAGUUAUUUGAAAGAGUUAAUAGAAACUUAUAAAAUUCAAAGAAAUUUAACAAGGAAUUGUAUUAAUUUAUAUAUUUUUCUUAAAAUUAAAAAAUAUGAAAAAAUAACUAUUAAAAAGACUGUGUUUGAAAAAUUAUUCAAUUAUGUUCCAAAUAAAGAUGCGUUUACACUUAAAAAUGAAACUUAUAAUUCUGAAAAUUUCAUUCAAAGAUUUGAAGAUAAUAUAUUAACUAUGAAUUUUAAUUACUUUGAAAUUAAAGAAGAAUUAAUUAAAAAAUUACUAUUUGAAUAUAAUAAAGAAUCACCAGAAGAUGUUUCCGAGACUGCAGAAUUAAUGUUUUUGGAAUAUACAGUUGAUACUGAGACAUUUGAAGAUAAUAUUUUUCCUUUGUUUAAAGAUAAAGAAAAUUUGGUUAUUUGUCCUGACCUAAGAUUAUUUAAUUUUAUUUUAAAAACAAUGAAAUCUGUUAAAUUUACUGAAUUCUUAGAUACAUUUGAUUUUGAUGAAACAAGAUUUUCAAGAACAGAAUUUUAUGAUUUUAGAAAGACUGAAAAAUUUUUAUUUUAUAAAAAAACUUAUUUAUUUGUUUUUAAAAAAUAA